UUCAAAAGACAAAACUGAAACAGAUCAUUGCUUUGCUAAGCCAAUAGAGCUUCCAACUGAGAAGAACUGAAGAGUGAAGUGACCCAAUUUUCUCUAAUUUAUGGGUUUUUAGAAAAGAAAAGAGAUUUUUUAAAAGACCCACUUGAAAAUUUUGAUUUGGUUUGCAAUCAUGGUUGCUAGAACCCCACCUAAGCAGAGAAGAAUUGUGGCUCCUCUCAAUCCUGUUCUUAUUAGAGAAACCCUAAAAAAGGUGGAUCAAUGUAUGGCUAGACUGCAAGAGCUUCAAUACACAGUGGCAGGUGGGAAUAAGGUGAUUUCUGGGGUUAGUUUAAGUCCUAGAAGUACCAGAGGUUAUCUUAGAACUAGUCUUAGGUGCAAACAAGAAUCUAUAAGGAUCAAGAGUACUACUCCCAAGAAAUCUCCAGGUGGGAAACUGCCAGCUAGUGUUGUUGGGGAAUGGAAGAGAAUGUCACUACCAGCAAUGCUAGUAGGAGAAACACUUGGAGAAAUUCUACAAGCUAGUCAAUUUGCAAAAGAAAUUGUUGAAGCUGUUGCCUGCAACACUAAAAAAGAAGAUCCUAAAACUCCGGUGACCCGACCGAGGAAACAGAGACCGUAUCUCGAAAACACUGAACUCAAGUCCAAAAGAAAGAAAGAAAAGCAAAAUCAACUUCAAUCUAUUCGACUAGAAUCGUCUGUUUCUCCGUCUCUUCAGCGAGCCCGAUCACGCAUUAACUUCAAGGUUGUUUCACCUCCAAAGAAGAGAGAUUUAGAGAAAGAUAAUACUGCAAAAUAUCUGGCAAAUAGAGUGUCUCCAAGGAAUAGGCCAUGGGUUAAAAAGGCGGUUCUGUUUCCGAACCCGUUAUUCCUUUCUGCAGAUUCUAAUCAGCAACAGAAAUUUUGCAGAACAAGGUCUCCUAUUAUUUCAAGAACUAAACAGAUUACUACUCCACAUAAGUUCUUAAUAAAGUCACCACCACCAUCUGCUUCCAAGUUUCAAGUCAAGAUCAAGAAUCCACUAAUGGUUUCUGUAUCACCCACUAAAGUAACAAACUUGAGCAAGAAAACAUCGCCAAAUAAGCUAGCAACUGCUUCGAAACUGCGCCGGUCAUUUUCGCCAUCAAGAUUGGUCAACAGAUUGGUGUCUCCAUUGAAGAGCAGGAAAAACAGUGUACAGAAGAGUGAUAGCUUAAUGAUGAGUGGAUUAAAACAGCGUCCAGUUAUAGUGCCAAGAAGAUUCUCAUUGGGGAGAAUUUGAGUUUCGGUUUGUCAACGAAUUUUGUUUAAUCAAUGUCUAUAGUUGAUUCUUUGUGUUGAUUGAAUUGUCAAACAUUGUAUUGGUUGUUACCUAAUCCGAUGUAUAAAUAACCUGAAGAUUGAUUGAAUUCUUAUAAUCUGAACUCUUUAUGACAAUAA